ACAAGAGCAAAUACCGCAUUCUAGAACCGACCUGAACUAACAAUGCUGACCAGAUCAGACAGUCUGAUUUUCACAUUACCAUCAAACAACUUCUUCCAGCCACAACCGCAGUUCGGCUUCGGAUCGAUGAUGCCGCGCAACACACAGCCGGAAAUCUUCACUUUCGAGCGGAUCCCUGAGCCGCAGCAGCCCGGCGCUUUCCCGCAGCGCGGAGCUCCAGUUCGGCCGCGCAAGAGGAACACAAGGGUCAUGUACCCAGCCAAAGUGCGCAAAUAUCUCCCACCAGCCGAAAAGAGCCCGGUUAAACGCUGGCUGCUCAUAUUAUGCAUGGUGGUUUUCAUGCAGAUCUACACCGAGGAGGGAUCCGUGGAGACUCCGCAGACUGAGGCGUCUGCAUACAACGUGCUCCCUUUCCAGUCUGCUGAAGAGCAAGCUAAACAAAUGAUGAGCAACUGCCCUGAGGACUUCAUCCAGAUGCCAUACGAGUCCUCCAGCUCCAGGAACGGGGAGAAAAAGGACAGUUUCUGGCUCCUAAACACUACAUGCCCGAGCUCCGUAUUGGAGGAGGAGGAUUUCACCGCGAUCUACCAGCAGCAGCAGAGCCGGAGAAAUGGAUAUGUGGUGGCUCUUCUCUAUCCAGUCUAUCAUAGACUUGGUUCUGAGAACUGAACGAACUCUUAAACAAGUCUGUGGACUUUUUACUCCAAGCCUUUUUGGAAAAACGAGCUCCUGUGGUGCUCAAAACUAUAAGACUACGGUGUUUUAGAGCGAAGUGAAGUAAACACAAACUGAGGAGACGUUUGAUGGACUUGAAUGACGAACAAAAAGCUUACGGAAUGAUACUUGAAAGGCUUUAGAUUUAGCUUACUUGAAUAUGUUUCGCUUGAAGGGUAGAUAUUUAGCAUAGCCUUGCAAGUAGAGCUGUUUUUUUAGAUACAGAAGUCUGAAAUCAUGAGGACGUCGCGAUGAUCGUUUGUGUUGCUGAAAGCUGAAAUAAUACUUGAAUCUCAUAUUGACGACUUCCUGUGUGUUAUAAAUGAACAUAUGUAUGAUGAAGUAUUCAUUAACUAUUUAUUAUUUAAUGCUAUUUAUUGUUAUUAUUUACUUAUUUAUUUUGUUAUUGUGAAAUAAAUUGAUAUUUGCAACUUCAACUCUA